AUGAUUAUAUCAAAUCCAACAACAAGCUGCAUUCUCAUGCUGUUUGCCAUUCUCGCUAGACUUAUCAGCGCAUACGACGGUAAUGGGCCACCAUGCGAAACAGACGAGUGCUUCGUCGACAUCAAGUCGGAUGAUGCGUUAUGCUGGAUGGAUGACGACAACCAAAACAUUCAUUACCUCAGUCCCCUGUAUGGCGGCAUCCACCAUAUCCCGAACGCGUGUAGGCAAUCGAAUAUAUUCGGCGGCGAUGGGUACCUUGUUGCAUAUCCCUCGAUAGGCGGCCUUGUGAUGCUCCGAAACCCGUUGGCCGUAGACCUUCAAUAUCUCGGUCUACCACACACGCACGAUACCGCGCGGUCGCCGGAUGAAGACGACAGCCUUGCCACUCGCAUGGUCCAACUUGGCGCGCAGUGGUGGCCGGAUUGGAAUCUAUACUUUAGGCAUUCGCACAACGUUGAGUCCGGGACUUUCUACGAUUAUCAUUUCCCCUCAAAGGUAUACGUUGCCUUUCCUACGACUGGUGGUGCCUGGGUGGCCAAUUUCACUCAAGAUGAUUACGGGUAUCAGUUUAGUGACUUGGCCUGCCAGCCUUGGCUUUCCCAUGCACCAAGAUUGUGGCAGAUCAGAUUGCGAUACUCGUUAAGCAUGGAUGACAAGGCCGAGAUAAUGAAGGAACUUGGCGCGACGUUUUACGCCUCUGUCGAUCAGAUUCCUGGCCUCGCAAAGACUGUCCAUGAGGCUGUCAGCUUGUUUGAGCCGUUCAAAGAGCGACUGAAAAACAUGGAUGAUCCUGCCUAUAGCGCUCACUUUUGUACAUGGAGCGAGGAACAGGACAAGAGCACAUCAAAUGAGAAAUUGGAGAAGCCAAGAUGGGGAAUAUGGUCGCUUUUCAAUGGAUUGCCUUGA